AUGCCACGCUUACCUGACCGGCUUCUUCCAUCCCACCUGGACGCCGGGCGCAGCGCGGGCGCGCGAACCGCGGCCGGAGCCCGCCUCUCCUGGCGGGAGCGGGGCUCGGGCGGGCGGCCGCGGGUUCCCUCGCCGCCCCGGGCCGGACCCGCUCCGCCGCCGCCGGGGCUCCCGCAGUCAGGGCGCCGCGCGCACGCGCGCUCCCCCGGGCGGUCCUGGCCCCGCGGGGCUGCGUCCGGACGGCUCCGGCGGGCGGGGCGGGCGGGGCGGGGAGCGCGCGGCCACGUGACCCGCGCCAACAUGGCGGCGCCCAGGGGCGUCCACCUGCUCGUCCGCAGAGGUUGUCAUAGAAUCUUCUCUUCACCACUCAAUCAUAUCUUCUUACACAAGCAGUCAAGCAGUCAACAAAGAAGAAAUUUCUUUUUCCGCAGACAAAGAGAGAUUUCACACAGUAUAGUUUUGCCUGCUGCAGUUUCUUCCGCUCAUCCAGUCCCCGAGCACAUAAAGAAGCCAGACUAUGUGACGACAGGCAUUGUGCCCGACUGGGGAGACAGCAUAGAAGUUAAGAAUGAAGAUCAGAUCCAAGGGCUUCGUCAGGCCUGUCAGCUGGCCCGGCACGUCCUCCUCCUGGCUGGGAAGAGUUUAAAGGUUGACAUGACAACUGAAGAGAUAGAUGCUCUUGUUCAUCAGGAAAUCAUCAGUCAUGAUGCCUAUCCCUCACCUCUAGGCUAUGGAGGCUUUCCAAAGUCUGUUUGUACCUCUGUAAACAACGUGCUAUGUCAUGGUAUUCCUGACAGUCGACCUCUUCGGGAUGGAGAUAUUAUCAACAUUGAUGUCACGGUCUAUUACAACGGCUACCACGGAGACACCUCGGAAACAUUCUUGGUGGGCAAUGUGGAUGAAGGUGGUAGGAAGUUAGUGGCAGUUGCCAGGAGGUGUAGAGAUGAAGCCAUUGCAGCUUGCAGAGCAGGGGCUCCCUUCUCAGUAAUUGGAAACACAAUCAGCCACAUCACUCAUCAGAAUGGUUUGCAAGUCUGUUCACAUUUUGUGGGACACGGGAUAGGAUCUUACUUUCAUGGACAUCCAGAAAUUUGGCAUCACGCAAACGACAGCGAUCUGCUCAUGGAGGAGGGGAUGGCCUUCACCAUAGAGCCAAUCAUAACCGAGGGAUCCCCAGAAUUUAAAGUCCUGGAGGAUGCGUGGACCGUGGUCUCCCUGGAUAACCAGAGGUCCGCCCAGUUCGAGCACACCGUGGUCAUCACGUCGGAGGGCGCUCAGAUCUUGACCAAACUGCCCCUCGAGGCCUGA